AUGGUGCGAAAAGUACGAUCAUGUGGCAAUGCCCGCCACAAGCAGCAUCAAUGUGCGGGACCACCGGACAGCCUCGCGUAUGUCAGAACACCUGGGAGGUGA